CGUCUUCAUAACAAACACAAUGUGCACAAUACGAGCCACGCCCCUCUUUAUCCAGCCAGCUAAAAAUGUCAGGAGAAGGAGCUCUGGUAGGUUCCAUUGAUCAAGGGACAGCCAGCUCAAGACUCUUGGUGUUCAAUGAGUCACUAGCAGUGGUACAGAAACAUCAGGAGAGCAUACGUCAGAUCUUCCCAAAAGAAGGAUGGUUUGAACAAGAUCCAGAGGAGAUCAUAGCGUCUGUUUGCUCAUGCAUUGAGAAGGUGGGCGUGGCAUUGGGGUCACAUGACUUGCAGCGUCUCAAAGGCCUCGGAGUGACCAAUCAGAGGGAGACGUCUAUUCUAUGGGAUAGAGAGAGUGGGAGGAGUCUCGCUCCCGCCAUCGUCUGGAGUGAUGGACGUACAGGAGAGCUGGUUGAUCGUAUGGUUGCCAUGACACCCACCAAGAACAAGGAUCAUUUUCGGAGGAGGUGUGGUCUUCCUCUCUCCACGUACUUCAGUGCUCUCAAGAUAAGAUGGCUGAUUGAGAAUAAUGAACUAGUGAGGGCCGCCAUUAAAGAUGGCCGUUGUCUCUUUGGAACAGUUGACUCUUGGAUCAUUUGGAAUCUGACGGGUGGUGUGAAUGGUGGAGUGCAUGUGACCGAUGUCACUAAUGCAAGCCGGACAAUGUUGAUGAAUAUUGGUACUCUUCAGUGGGACCUUGACCUCUGCAAGUUCUUUGACAUUCCAAUGGAGAUCCUGCCAGAGAUACGCAGCUCAGCAGAGGUGUAUGGUGCUAUAGCUGAUGGUCCACUCAGUGGUGUCCCAAUAUGUGGAUGUUUAGGGGACCAGCAAUCAGCACUAGUAGGUCAACAAUGUUUUGCCCCGGGACAAGCUAAGAACACGUAUGGUACUGGAUGCUUCCUACUCUACAACACAGGGAAGCAACUAGUCAUGUCAGGCCAUGGUCUCCUGAGCACGGUCGCCUAUCAGCUUGGUCCCACUGCCCCUCCAAUAUACGCUCUGGAGGGAGCUGUAUCUAACGCUGGGCAGGCACUGAAGUGGCUUGUUGAGAAAAUGGAGUUAGUCAGAGAAAUCAGUGAGAUUGAGUGCUCUGCUAAGAGUGUUGACUCGCCUGGUGAUGUGUACUUUGUACCCGCGUUCUCGGGACUAUACGCUCCGUACUGGCAACCAGACGCCAGAGGUGUUAUGAUUGGUCUCACUAACUACACUACUAAAGCUCAUCUGUGUAGAGCUGCAUUAGAAGCUGUCGCCUUUCAGUCCAGAGAGGUGCUAGACGCCAUGAAUCAGGACAGUGGGACUCCGCUCAGUAUGCUACAGGUGGACGGAGGAAUGACGGCCAAUCAGCUGCUCUUGGAGUUACAAAGUGACAUACUCGGCAUACCAGUAGUGAAACCUGACUUUGCUGAGAUGACUGCAUUGGGUGUUGCCAUAGCAGCAGGAUUAGCAUGUGGUGUGUGGCAAGACUUGUCAAGACUACCCAAAUCAUCUGGUAUCACCUUUGAACCCAAGAACACUCCACAAGAGCGUGAGCGCCGCUACAAGGGAUGGAAGGAAGCGGUCCAACGAAGCAGACACUGGGAGGAGGGGCACAGAAAGUCCGCCCACUACACUAGCACACUGUGACUGUGUGUGUUGUGUGGUGUGGGUGUGUGUGAUGGAUUGACUAUAGCUAUAGUUAUUUAUUUGUCAUUUCUGUAAUAUUUUUGAAAAUAAUGGCAAAGGUCACAAACA